AAGAGAAUAAAUAAAUCCACGCAUUACGUCCAUAGCGUAAUGCAAGAGUUGCCUGUAUUUUCAAUGUGAUUGUCAAUUUGUCAAACUGACAAGAGGCACAGAGUGAGAUCGGGAGAGAGAGAGAAAAGAAAAAUAAAAGAAGCACCAGACGAUUCAGUCGAAGCGGAGCUGGAUUGAUUUUUUUUGGGCGCUAAUCAGUAAACGGCAGGUGUAGCAGCCAGCAGUGAGUCUUUGGCACCGAGGUAGAGUGACGAAGGACGUAGUGAAGAACAUAGUCGUUGGCCAGUUUAUGAACACAAGUUUUCCUAAAGGAAACUCCUACGUUAAAGUUGUGUGAAGGUGGUUUGUGCAUCAAAGGACAUAGUGUGCAAGAAAGAGACAGAGAGCGAGGCAGUCGUCGCAGGAUCAGCGCAACAGCAGUAGUGAAUUGCUUUGACAAAAUGGAUGUAUUUAUGAUGAUCCGGCGGAAGAAGACGACGAUUUUCACCGAUGCCAAAGAGACGACACCGGUGUACGAGCUCAAGAAAAUGAUUGAAGGAAUACUCAAAGUGCCUCCCCGUGAUCAACGACUAUACAACAAAGACAACAUGCUAAUGGAUGACGAUAAAACUUUGCAGGAUUGCGGGAUCACAGUAGUGACAGCGAAAGCGCAAUGUCCCGCGCAGCUUGGUUUAGCAAUACGCGAAAGCGGCGAUUUCGAAUCGCUCGAGCUGACACCUUAUUCGUUGCCUCCAGAUCUACCCGAUGUGAUGAAAAACCAGGACACCGCAAACGGCCAAGAUCAACUCGCCUAAGAGGCCAAAGCUAGAGAUUGAGGGUUUUUUUUUUUAUUUCGUUCAUUAUUACGAUGUCUUUCUCUCUUUCCACGCACCAACAUUUAACACACCACCUAAACUAUCCGCCGCUUUGUGACCGUCAAGCCCACACUGCUUCUUAAUACGCAAAUCCGCUGUUGUUGUCGUUUUAACACAUUUACGUUUACAUUCAUUACUCACACACCAGAAGAAAUCUGUGGCAUCCAUGCACACGAAAUUACUUUGCAACAUUCUGUAAUUUAACCGCUCGGGCACGUUUACGCAAUUCGAAACUGCCGAUCGAAUUUGGCCAGCUAUCAGGCUAGGAAAGUCGUAUUCUGCUCCAUAGCUCCAAAAAUAUCAAUUGUGAUGUUGGCCAUUGCAGACAAAACCGCAAGGUUGUUACCCUUUGGCUUGUCCUCAUCUCAGAAAAGAACGAAACAAUCUGCAAUACACUGUUUGUUAACCAAUCACACUGAUUUUUCAUGAUUUAUUGCAUUGGCAGAAGCGUUACACAUUUAAACCGUCAAGCCGCAUCGCCUUUUUCGAGUCCGGGUGCCACGGAAAUGCUACACUCACAGGGAUAGUAUAUCUUUCACCUUAUUUCCUUUUUGGGUAAUUUUAUUCGUAUGGUUUUGAGUAAUUAAAUUAUGGAAAUGAAAUGAAGAAGUUAGGGAGAAUUCUAUGGAACUUACUGGAGUCAAACUUUUAA